CAUUUGCUUAGAAAUUUCCAUCGGAUUCCUCACUCUCUCUAAAGUCUCUAUAACAACUUCUCUUCUCUCGAGCAAAGCGUUGCUUCUUCGCCGUGUUUCGCUUCCUUCCCUAGUCUAACGUGAAGCAGGUAGGAGAGGAUGGGUAUUUCAUCCGGCGAAGAGUCUGAGAUCAGCGAGUCUGAGAUUGAUGACUAUUCCGAAACACCCUACAUGCUGUUGCAGAACGGGAGCUACAAGGUUAAAGUGAAUGGACAGCUGAGAUGCCCCUUUUGUUCUGGCAAGAAGAAGCAAGAUUACAAGUACAAGGAGUUAUACGCACAUGCUUCUGGGGUUUCCAAAGGAUCUGCCACUCGAAGUGCUAAACAGAAGGCCAAUCACCUCGCUCUGGCUAAGUUUUUGGAGAAUGAGCUUGCUGCUCAUGCUGAACCUGUUCCACGCCCUCCACCAGUUCCUCCUCAGUUUGAGGAGACAGUUGAACCAAACCCCCGUGACGUCUAUGUCUGGCCAUGGAUGGGGAUUGUUCUUAAUCCUUUGACAGCCACUGAUGACAAGGAAGCUCUACUUGAUUCUGAAUAUUGGUUGAAUAGGCUUUCAAAAUUCAAGCCUGUUGAGGUCAAUGCCUUUUUGGUCGAACAAGAUUCGAUUGUUGGGGUUAUUGCUAAGUUUACCAGCGACUGGGGUGGAUUUGCAUGUGCCACAGAGCUUGAAAAGGAAUUUGAGAACCAAGGGCACAGCAAAAAGGAGUGGACUGAGAGGUCUGGAGAUUCUGAGUCUAAGGCCUAUGGUUGGUGUGCACGUGCACAAGACUAUUACUCUCAAGGUCCAAUAGGUGAGUACCUCUCCAGGGAAGGAAAGCUAAGAACAGUUUCAGAUAUUUCGCAAGAAAAAGAGCAGGAUAGAAACAUUGUUCUGGAUGAACUUACAAAGAUGAUUGCUAUGACUAACGAUGAUCUGAGCAAGGUCCAAUACAGUUACCACAGGACGGCUAUGUCAUUGCAGAGGGUCCUAGAUGAGAAAAGAAAUUUGCAUGAAGCUUUUGCUAACGAAACAAAGAAGAUGCAGGAGACGUCGCGUCGCCAUAUCCAGAGGGUCCUAUAUGACAAAGAUAAGCUAAGCGAUGAACUGGAUCGUAAGAUGCGGGACUUGGAGUCUCGGGCCAAACAAUUGGAAAAACAGGAAGCACUAACUGAACUGGAGAGACAAAAGCUUGAUGAAGAAAAGAAAAAGGGUUUGACAGGACUGUUGGGUGCCGAAACCGAUAUCGGAGUAAAAAGAAUGGGGGAAGUUAAUGAAAAACCUUUCCUGAAUGUUUGCAAGCUGAGAUACUCUGCAAAUGAAGCUACGGUUGAAGCUGCCACCCUUUGCUCUACAUGGCAAGAGAACCUCAAGAAUCCAUCGUGGCAUCCAUUCAAACGUGUAGGAAGUGGGGGGAGAGAGAAGGAAGUGGUGGACGAGGAGGAUGAGCAGCUGAAGAAGCUUAAAAGAGAGUGGGGAGAAGCGGUGCAUAACGCAGUUAAAACAGCUCUUGAGGAGAUGAAUGAGUAUAAUGCAAGUGGUCGGUACGCAACUCCAGAACUGUGGAACUUCAAAGAAGGAAGAAAAGCAACACUGAAGGAAGUGAUUUCCUUCAUUUCAGAAAACAUCAAAACGCUGAAACGCAAAAGGACCUGAAGGAUGGAGGAGCAAGAAGAAGAAGAAGGAGAAGUCGAAAUGGUUGAGGUUUAUGUGUAUUAAGAAUAACUGAGAAUGGAUGUUAAAAUAAAUAAUUAGGAGGCUCAUAUGCUCUCUCAGCUCUCUGUAUCAAGAGACUAAUUUUCUUCUACUUGUAUCUUUUGAAAGAUUUGUAACAGUUAAUGUAACCAGUGGCGUUUCUUGAUAAUGUUCUGGUUUAUCCUUUA